AUGUACCCUUCCACCCACUCUCCACUACUCGUUGAAAGCCUGCUCCCAGUCGAGAUGCCUCUGCCUCUGCCACUAAGCGCCGUAGCCAAACGGGCUCCCGCUCAGCUCACGCACAUCCUCAAGCUGCGCGCCUCACGAAUCUUCCUGUCCAGCCUACUGCUCUGGCUCCUGCUCUACGCCUACUGCCGGACGAGAUUCUGGCGCGACCCACACUCCGCCUUCUUUCAGGAAGCCCACGUCUACGAUCUGGACUACAGCUUGUACCGCGAGCGCGAAGGCACGCAUUUCCUCGCGCGGCACAAUGCACCUACCACCCGGCCUGGGGAGGAGUUUCAUUACCACUACACGAAAAACAAUAGCGAGGGCGGGAGCGAGACCCCGGCCGUGUGCGUCGCCAUAGUCACGGUGCGUCGCGAACAGGACACGUACUUCGACGCAUCAGUCGGCUCGCUCUUGGAGGGGCUGACCGAGCACGAGCGCAAGCCGCUGCAUCUCAGCGUUCUGUUUGCCGACAUAGACCCGGCGGUGCAUCCCAGCUGGGGGCAGAAAUGGGUCGAGAGGCUUGUUGACCAGGUGGGCGGGUAUAAUGUGUCUGCAGAGCAGCUGGAGGAUCUGCGCAAGUGGGAAGCGGAGAGGAAUUUCUAUAGGAAAGGGGUCUUUGACUACAUCUACGCACUGCGGACCUGCCAGGGCGUCAACGCGCCUUACACGCUCAUCUUCGAGGACGACAUCAUCCUGGCCACGGGGUGGUUCGCGCGGACACUCAAGAGCCUGGCGGAGAUCAGCAGACGUGAAGCUGGAGCCAACCAGGGCCAUAGCCAUGCCGCGAAGAACCAGAAGCCAUGGCUGUACCUGCGGCUCUUUUACACGGAGACCGCGCUGGGCUGGAGCAGCGCUGACUUCGCAUACGAACACAUGCCGCUGAUCUUCCUCACGCUCACGGCAUUAUCAUUCACAGCUCUCUAUUUCCUCCAGCGCUCUCGCCGCUUCCAGCCCUUGCACCUCGACACGCCCAGCAUUCUCGUCAUUUCUCUCCUCUGCAUUCCCGCAUUCACAGCGCUGGCGUACAUGGUGGGGAAAUACAACCUCAUGCCGCUCCGCGGCGUGGUGCAGAUGAACAAGUUCGGGUGCUGCACCCAGGGCCUGUUAUUCCCGGCGCAGCAGGUGGAUAGGCUGAUAGGCUUCUUGGAAGACAGGGGGCAUGGGCAGACAGACUCGCUGAUUGAGGAGUAUGCGGACCUGAAUGGGCUGAACAGGUAUGCGGUUGCGCUACCGCUGCUGCAGCAUGUGGGCCUGAAGUCCAGCAGGGACAAUACGGAUGUCAAUACACAAAGUACAUGGGCGUUUUGGUUUGAAACGAAUAAGCCAGAGGCCUUGAGGAGGGAGCAUGCGGAGUUGUUGGGCGAUGCUGAUGUGCAGCAAAUGUUGGAGUUACCGUGCCCUAGACUACCAUAG